AUGGUGAUUCCCAGCAGAAUGGACAAAUAUAUGAAAUCUGAACAAACUACAUUGCUGUUAGACAACUACAACAUUUCCAUCUAUGACCUGAAUGGAAACUCGCAGGGCCAGGAUUUAUGGCCAAACUACUAUUCACAGGCUCAUGGGAUUGUUUUUGUACUUGACUCCAGUGACUUAGGACGCUUGCAGGAAGUGAAGAUGAUUUUACCACGUCUGCUGUCUGAUCAAAGAGUGGAAGGGAAACCCGUUUUACUCCUCCCUGGCAAACAAGACAAGAAGGGUGCUCUGCUGCCUUGUGAUAUAUUGGAAAGAAUAGUGAAUAAAAAUAAGCCCCUAUGCCGAGUGGAGCCUUGUUCAGCCAUCAUAAACCUCCAAAGAAGAAACCAUCAGCCCAUAAUUGAUGGGCUGCGCUGGUUAUUAGCUACUAUUGGGGAUAAAUAUGAAGAUCUAUAUACUCAACAACAGCAGUGUGGAGAUGAGAAUGACCAAAGGAAAAAAAAACUGGAUUUAGGAUACCAUUCAGUGGAAGUUAAGCCCCUAAAGUCAAUCCUACAGAAAGAAGGUUUGAGAUUAGCAAAAAAAAAGAAUAAAUCAGUAACAUUUGCUUUAGAUGAACUGAUGGAGGAAGGUGAAUGUCCUAGGGGAAAUGAAGAUCAGAGAGCUACUGAGUUCUGCUACAAGAAAAGUGAUAAAUUACAGAUUCAAGCUACAUGUAUUGAUGAUGAUCCUUUUGAAGGUAAUACUGAACCCAUGACUUUUAAGAGGCUACUACUAAAGAGGAAAAUCCAAAGAAACAUCUACUAUCCGUCCCUUGACAAAUGGGAUCGUCUUUAG